AAUUCAAGAUCAUUCCACUCAUCAAAUCAAUCAUAUUUUUUUUUUGAAGCAAUAAAUAAAAUUAAAAAUGCAUUUGGAGGUGAAAAAGAAAAAAAAGAAUAUCCAUCAAAUGAAAAGGAUUUAGAAAAAAAAACUCAAUCAAAUUUAGAACAACAAAAAAAUGAUAGCAGCAGCAGCAGCAGCAGUACUAGCAAUGCAACAGCACCAACUCUUACUGAAGAGGAAGUCAAAAAAAGAGAAAAUGAAGAAUAUCAUUCAUUUUUAGAAAAAGGUUUAAAAUAUGAUUAUAAUGUAUUUAGAGAAUACCUUGCAAAAUUUAAAGACCAAAUUAAAGAAGACGAAAAGAAAAAAGAAAUUGAAAGUUUCCUUAAAAUUAUCGAUUGUAUGACACCAGCUGAAAGAGAGAAUCCAUAUAUCUUCCGUAAGAAUGUUUUCAGAAUAAGAGCAAGAAUACUCAAAGAUUCAAAUACAGAAAUUCAAACAUUUGCAUCGAUGGUUAAUACAUUUAAAAGUGCAAAGAUGAUCAAUGAUGUUUUAAGUAGCUUUAAGAAACAAGGUAAACCAAUUCCAAACUCAGCAUCUGAAAUUCCAGGAUUCUUUAAAUCAAAUUCUGUCCAAAUCAAAAAAGAAUAUGAUAAAAUUCAAGCUGCCGAG